CGCGCCGGGGGCGGAGCCGUCUCAGACCCGCCCCCACCCCCCGGCGUCCCCAGCGCGCUGGCCCGCCCCGAGUGCGCGUGCGCGGCGGUUGCCUUGGAGACCGGGGAAGCGUUGGGCUGCAAAGACUAGGGCGCCAGCGGCUGGCGAAGAAGGAAAGAGGGGAGUCUCUGGCUGGGCUGGGGCCGUAGCGACGUCCGCCGCGAACCUGGGCCCCCCAGAGCUGCGGGGCGUUCGGUGUCGCCGAAGUAAACAUGCACCCUGAGCCCUCGGAGCCUGCGGCAGGUGGUGCAACAGAGCUGGAUUGCGCGCAGGAGCCCGGCGUGGAGGAGUCUGCGGGUGACCACGGUAGCACAGUCCGAAGGGGCUGCAAGGAAGAAAUUAAUGAUCCUAAGGAAAUACGUGUGGGUUCUUCUGACACAUCCUACCAAAGCCAGCAGAAACAGAGUGGUGAUAAUGGGUCAGGUGGUCACUUUGCAUACCCAAGAGAAGACAGGGAAGAUCGGGGCCCCAGAAUGACUAAAAGUUCCCUGCAAAACCUCUGCAAGCAGCACAAGCUUUAUAUUACCCCAGCAUUGAAUGAUACGCUGUAUUUACACUUUAAAGGUUUUGAUCGCAUUGAGAACCUGGAAGAGUACACAGGGCUGCGCUGUCUCUGGCUGCAGAGCAAUGGAAUACAGAAAAUCGAAAACCUGGAGGCCCAAACUGAGUUGCGUUGCCUCUUCUUGCAAAUGAACUUGCUCCAUAAAAUUGAGAACCUGGAACCUCUGCAGAAACUGGAUGCUCUUAACCUCAGCAACAAUUACAUCAAGACCAUUGAAAACCUCUCCUGCCUCCCAGUCCUGAACACAUUGCAGAUGGCCCACAAUCACCUGGAGACCGUGGAGGACAUUCAGCAUCUACAAGAGUGUUUGAGGCUUUGUGUCCUUGACCUUUCGCACAACAAGCUGAGCGACCCAGAGAUCCUGAGCAUUCUGGAAAGCAUGCCCGAUUUGCGUGUACUGAAUUUGAUGGGAAACCCGGUUAUCAGACACAUUCCUAAUUACAGAAGGACAGUCACUGUACGACUAAAGCACUUAACAUACCUGGAUGAUAGACCAGUGUUUCCAAAGGACAGAGCUUGUGCGGAGGCCUGGGCUAGGGGAGGGUAUGCAGCUGAAAAGGAGGAGAGACAGCAGUGGGAGAGCAGGGAGCGGAAGAAGGUCACGGACAGCAUUGAAGCCUUGGCCGUGAUCAAGCGGCGGGCGGAGGAGAGGAAAGGACAGAGAGAGAGUCAAGAGAGAGGGGAGACGACAUCUUCAGACGAUGGUGAGAAUGUCCCCGCCAGUGCGGAAGGCAAGGAGGAGCCUCCGCGGGACAGAGAAACAAGGGAGAAGAUGGAGCUGUUUGUUAAGGAAAGCUUUGAGGCCAAGGACGAGCUCUGCCCGGAAAAGCCAAGUGGAGGAGAGGAGGCGCCUGUGGAGGUUAAAGGAGAGGAUGGAGGUGGAGAGCCAGAGGGGACCCUCCCAGCUGAGGCUCUGCCACCCCCACCACCUGUGGAGGUUAAAGGAGAGGAUGGAGGUGGAGAGCCAGAGGGGACCCUCCCAGCUGAGGCCCUGCCACCCCCACCACCUGUGGAGGUUAAAGGAGAGGAUGGAGGUGGAGAGCCAGAGGGGACCCUCCCAGCUGAGAACCUGCUACUGUCACUGCCUGUGGAGGUUAAAAGAGAGGAUGGAGAUCGAGAGCCAGAGGGGACCCUCCCAGCUGAGACCCCACUACUGUCGCCACCUGUAGAGGUUAAAGGAGAGGAUGGAGAUCGAGAGCCAGAGGGGACCUUCCCAGCUGAGACCCCACUACUGUCGCCACCUGUAGAGGUUAAAGGAGAGGAUGGAGAUCGAGAGCCAGAGGGGACCCUCCCAGCUGAGGCCCCACCACCCCCGCCACCUGUGGAGGUUAAAGGAGAGGAUGGAGAUGAAGAGCCAGAGGGGACCCUCCCAGCUGAGGCCCCACCACCCCCGCCACCUGUGGAAGUUAAAGGAGAGGAUGGAGAUGAAGAGCCAGAGGGGACCCUCCCAGUUGAGGCCCCGCCACCGCUGCCCCUGGGAGCUGCCAGGGAAGAGCCGACUCCCCAGGCUGUGGCCACUGAGGGUGUAUUCGUUACAGAACUUGAUGGAAUGAGAACGGAAGAUUUAGAAACCAUUAGACUGGAGGCAAAGGAGACAUUCUGCAUUGAUGACCUACCUGACUUGGAAGAUGACGAUGAAACAGGCAAAUCUCUGGAAGACCAGAAUAUAUGCUUUCCGAAGAUUGAGGUCAUCUCGAGCUUGAGUGAUGACAGUGACCCUGAACUGGACUACACGUCACUCCCUGUGCUGGAAAACCUGCCCACAGACACUCUGUCAAAUAUAUUUGCAGUCUCUAAAGACACCUCAAAGGUGGCUCGGGUGCCCUUCACAGACAUCUUUAAAAAAGAAGCUAAGAGGGACUUGGAAAUCCGAAAACAAGACACCAAGUCCCCAAGACCCCUGAUCCAGGAGCUCAGCGACGAGGACCCCUCUGGCCAGCCACUGAUGCCCCCCACCUGCCAAAGAGAUGCUGCACCAGUCACUUCCAGUGGAGACGGGGACAGCGACUUCCUUGCAGCCUCUUCUCCGGUGCCGACUGAGCGCACCACCACACCCUCAGAGACGUGUGUCGGAGUUGCCCAGCCCAGCCCAGCUCUGCCCACGUGGGACCUUGCUGCAUUCCCAGCACCGAAAGCAUCAUAGUUUUCCCCAGUUAUAUGUAGCAUAAAUGGUUUAGUUAUAAAUGUCUCCUUUAGGCAUGAUAAACAUUUGAACACC